UUUCGAUCUCGGCUCCUCCGGCGCUCGUUUAGUGGGAAUUGGUGGAAAUUGAUCGCACGGCAGAGCGGCGAAUUCGUCAAUAUUUAAGUCUCAUCUGUUUCAGAGAUUUUCAACACGAGGAAUGAAUUCGAGACGUAAAUAUGGUGAAGGAGGAGAAGCCUCACAUUCUGAGGGUUCACAUUUUGUACAUAGUGGUCGUUCGAGAGGUAGAGGCCAGAGACAUCCACCUGGGUUAAAAGGCAGAGAAAUAGGACUCUAUUACAAAGGCAAAGCACAAGCCAAGAACAAGGAAAUGGAAACUGAUGUUAUUAAAUUGUCCCCAAAUAUUCAAAGGAGAAUAGAAACUGUAUUAGAAAAUUCUAAAGGAUACUAUAAUAAACUGUACAGAAGUGCAUCUGCCCAAGAUACAGAUGAUUUACUGGAGAAUAAAUAUGUACACAUUCACGAUUCCCAGUUUAAGAGAAAGUUCAUUAACAUAAUAUCUGGCAGCAUACAAGACAAUCUGGCAAAGAUGUUGUUAGCUAAAUCAAGAUUAGAAAGGAAUCCUGAGUUAGAUACCAAAUUCUUAAAUGAAUAUAAGCAAAAGCAGUCUUAUACAGAAUAUGAGAACAUGCUUAAAUUUCGAAAGAAGUUGCCAUGCUAUCAGAAAAGAUCUGAGAUACUGGAGUUAAUUAGGGAAAAUCAAGUUGUGGUAAUAAGUGGAGAGACUGGUUGUGGAAAGACGACGCAGAUACCUCAGUUCAUAUUGGAUGACCAACUAGAACAAGGCAAUGGUAGCGUGACACGGAUUAUUUGCACUCAACCCAGGAGGAUAUCGGCUAUGUCGGUUGCCGAGAGAGUUGCCGAUGAAAGAGCAGAGAGGCUUGGUAAAUCAGUUGGUUACCAAAUCCGACUUGAAAAGGUAUUUCCAAGGGAUAGAGGAAGUAUAUUAUUUUGUACUACUGGAAUGUUGCUGCAAUUUAUACAAAAUGAUCCAGCUUUAAAAGAAUUUUCUCAUAUCGUAUUAGACGAAAUACACGAAAGGUCUACGGAGAGUGACUUCAUCCUUGCGUUAUUGAAACUCAUUAUCCCUAAGCGCCCAGAUUUGAAAGUGCUGUUAAUGAGCGCAACGCUUAAUUCUGAAAGAUUCUCGAAAUAUUACGACAAUUGCCCGAUGAUUCACAUUCCGGGUUUCACGUUCCCGGUAGAAGAAUUUUAUUUAGAAGACAUUUUAAUGUUCACGCAAUUCAAAUUUCCGCCGUCAGCUCCGCUGCCUCAAGAUUACAAGAAACAUAUUAAAAGGUUCAAGGAAUUGCAACAUGCACGGGGCGAAUUUCACGACAUAUUGGAUCCUUAUAUACGGGAACUAAUAGCCGAGAAGAAAUUUUCAAGGGAAGUGAUCGAUCAGUUGCGGAAUCCAAACAGCGAGAAGAUGUCUCUCGAACUUAUAGAACAAUUAAUUAUGUAUAUAUGUAAAACGAAAGAUGCGGGAGCUAUUUUAGUUUUUCUUCCUGGCAUGAUGGACAUAAUAAAAUUACGUAGAAUAAUGAUGGAGAGCGGACGGUACCCACAAAGUCGAUACAUUAUAUAUCCUCUUCACUCCCGAAUGCCAAGCGUCGAACAAAAGCUUAUAUUUCAGGAACCACCUAAUGGUGUUCGUAAAAUAAUAAUCGCCACUUCUAUAGCUGAGACCUCUAUAACUAUCGAGGAUGUAGUAUACGUCGUUGAUUGCGGGAAAACUAAGUUUAGUAAAUUCGAUGUCGAGAAAAACAUUCAAACUUUGGAACCCGAAUGGGUAACGGCAGCUAAUGCUAAACAGCGAAGAGGCAGAGCUGGCAGAGUGAAGCCUGGUAUUUGUUACCAUUUGUACUCGAAAGCUAGAGAAAUGACCCUGGAUCAGUAUCCAUUGCCCGAAAUGCUAAGAACACGUUUAGAGGAAGUUAUAUUAAAAAUAAAAAUUCUGCAAUUAGGAAAUGCGACAGCUUUCUUAGCCAGCGUUAUGGAUCCUCCAGAUUUGAAAACCAUCGAUUUAUCUUUAGAAUUGCUCAGAACUCUUAACGCGUUGAACAAUGAGGAACACUUGACUCCUUUGGGAUAUCAUUUAGCACAAUUACCUUUGGAUCCGAGAACAGGAAAGAUGUUGAUAUGGGCAUCGCUGUUUUCUUGCGUAGCACCAAUCUUCGCGAUCGCAGCUAGUCUCAGUUUUAAAGACGCGUUUUACUGCCCGCUGGGAAAAGAGGAUCAAGCGAGGGAAAAGAAACUCGAGCUUAGUAUGGGCCAAUACAGCGAUCACGUUGCAUUGGCCGAGGCAGUAACGAGAUUCGAGGCUGCAUAUAAAAGAGGAUACGCAGGCUCGUUUUGUUCAGAGUAUUUCCUCUCGUUUAACACGCUUAAACUUCUUUCCGAAAUGAAGGGUCAAUUUGCCCAGCAUUUGUGCGAAAUGAAAUUCUUAGAAACGGACAAUCCGAACGCCAGCAACGCUAAUAGGAAUUCCAGGAAUAUGACACUUGUAAAAGCGAUAGUAUGUGCUGGAUUAUAUCCUAACAUUGCUAGUGUACGGAGGAUAACAAAAAACGGAACGCAGGCGUGGACGCCAGAAGACGGUAAAGUGUGUAUACAUCCGUCAAGUGUAAACGAUAAAAUUAAGUGUCCUAGUCCAUUUUUAACCUAUUUUACGAAGCAGAAAUCGACAGCAAUAUAUUUACACGAUACUACAUGCGUUACCUCACCAAUUCUAUUAUUCGCUGCUCCGAAGCUGUCUAUAACAAAGGAAAAAGCACGCUUUUUCAUCAGCUUGUCAAAUUUUCAGAAGUUCAUUUGUGAGCUGCAAAGUGCGCAACUUAUUCAGGAGCUGCAAGAGCAGUUUAAUAAUUUAUUAGAGUACAAAAUAACGCAUCCAGGAACAGUGGCCUGGAAUAGCGUCGAAGGAGAUUUAAUAAACAUAUUUAUAGAUCUAAUUUGCCAAAAAGAUGAGGAUAUGGGAUUUACCGGUUCCGAUAUGCAGAGAUAUCAUUAAAUACGGUUUAAUACAAUUUUAUAUAUUAUAAUAUCCUAUGAUUACAUCGAUUUCAAGUUUCCAUCGGGCUGGCUCGUAAUUUACAUUUGUCACGCCCCUUUUGAACAUCUCCACGAAAAAAUAUUGUCUGAAGUAAUUAAAUAACGAAUACUAUAGAUAUGUUGUACUUCUAAUAAAUUAAAGUGUUACAUUUGUAAUACGUCUAGAAAAUAAAAAUUUUGAGGAUAA